AUGGACAGCCUUUCGCUCUCUAGCAUGAUGGGGCUGAUCUGGAUGACUGCUGCCUGCUGUGCCCUGGGGAUCAUCGUUAACAUCAUCGAGAGGUUGCGUGGCAGCGGAGACAUCAAGCUGCCAACUUCGAAGCUCAGUUAUGCUCUCUGUGAUGGGAUCCGAGACGCUCCUGUAGGCUUCGUCGAUUUCCUUCAGAACUGGACUAGGAAGGGGCGCGAGCUCGGUGCUUCUCCUGUGGUCCCAGGAGGAGAGAGCCCAGGAGCAAGGAGGCUGCAGGAGGCUCGGCUGGAGGCGGCGGAGGUGCAGGGGAACGGGGACUACAGCUUGCCGGCAGCAGAAGAACCGCUGGAGACGACUGCUGUGUACUUGUCAAACGAUGCUGGUGAUCGCAGGAGCUCGGGGCUCAACCUGCCGCAAGGAGCCAACCUGGACAUGCAGAUGCAAAGGCUGGGAGAGCACAGCAUGACGUUGGAGGCGAAGGAGGAGAAGCAAGACUCGCUGCUCGCAUCCAUCAUCCCCGCCUCCAUCAUGCCCUGGCUCAACAUCGGCAAUUCCAUGGAGAAAGGCAAAUGCAGAGGCGUCAAGUCCUGA